AUGAAAGGUAAAAAUAAUUUGAAUCAACCAAAGAAUGAAGUUGAAACCUUGUGUGAUAUAAACAUGGACGUUAUUAGAUGUCAAUAUAAUUCUACGGGUCCAAUGGACAUGAGAUCAUUUUGUAUCAGAGCAAAGAACCAACUACGUAACUUGCUAAAAAUUUUCCAAUUAUAUAUCAAUGAUACGAGGGAUCCUGCUCGAGACGCAAAAUAUUUUUCGAAAUGGGAAAAGAAUCUAAAAAAAUUAAAUGGAUUUAUAGAUCAGAUUAAUCGCAACGGAUCUAAUUUUGAGUUACCACAAGAACUCAAAGGCUCAAAACUGUCGACUAUAUCAGCUGAAUAUAUAAAUAAGACUUACGUAUUAAUUAAUUCUAUGAAUGGCACUAAUUCCCAUACAGGGAAUAAUCCGGAACAACUCGGUACAUUAGUACAGGAUUUAAUUCAUACGCAUAUUGGUUCUUCACUUGACACAUCAGAUAUAAAUGCUAGUAAAUCACAUGAAAAUCUGACGUGUACGCCACAUGAACAAGUGGUUAAUAAGUUGACGGAUUCGGAGGUAGAAGAUUCGGAUUUGGUCAUUAAGAACCCUUUAUUAAUGAAGGAUGUUGCUAUUAAUUAUAAUCAACCUUUAAUGGAUGACAACAAGGUUGCUAUUACACCUUCAUAUAAACAAUCCCAGAGACCUGAAACAAUAUCUACAUGCUCGGGUGGUCAAAAAAAUGUUAGCAUUAUUCAACCUUCGAGCUCAAAGAUACCCAUUUACUGUGAUGAAGUUAUUCCUAGUAAACGUUCCUCUGAUUGUGUAGCUCAAACUUCAUAUAAACGAGCAAAACCUUCAUGCCGGGAGGUAUUUCAUGGGAAAUUUGUGUCACUUGAACGUAAUAAAUGGAGAGAAGAAACGCCUGGACACAUUGUUUUAUUAGAUAGCGAUGAAGAUGAUGAAAAUGAUGCAGAAGACAAAUCAGACCCAAUUAUAAUUAUUUUAAGCGAUGAUGAAACAACGUAUGCCGAUCAACCAUCGACUUCAAGCGUAUCUGUUACUGCUGCCCAAAAACCAAACAAUCAAUUGAAUACUGAAAUACAGCUAGGAAAUACAAAACCUUGUUAUCUAGCCUCAACACCAAGAAAGUUUAAUAAAUAUGAGUCAUUCCGAAUUUUAGAUGCUGGAAAAAGUGAGCUUUAUAUUAAAUUAGACAAAGAAAAAGAAUUAGAGAAAGCAUCUAUAUUAAAAAUGCGAGAUGUUAAGAUACAAAAAGCAAUAGACGAUGAUAAUAGUCGUAUAUUGGAGCAAGGAACUACGCUUCCAAAAGUAUUGGACCAGACGAUAGGCUUGCUUACUUAUUUAUCAGAGCACGAUAUAGUUUCAGAGAAGGAUACAGAACUUGUUAGUACGGUAACUAAUUCAAGUACAGAUAAAGUGUUAUCUCCUGAGGCAGGAAUAAUAAAUAAGUUUAAGAAAUUGAAGUCGUUCAACUUUAAGUGUGGUAGUGGUGAUGUUAAUGAAACGGCUUUGAAUUGCAGUAAUCCUCAAGCCCCAUUUCUUGCUGUUGCAUAUAUUGCUUCACGAGAUCCAAGUUAUAAUCUACCGGGCAAUUUGCAAUUCCUUGAUAUUGCACGAGGAGAGGCAUAUAAUCUUUAUGGACAUGUUGCACCGGAUUUAAAAUCGAAAAUGGAUCUAUGGACAUCAGUUACGGACGUUAAAUUUUCGCCUGACGGAAAAUUCAUUUUCUCCGCAUCUACUGAUGCCACUGUCAAGGCAUCCAUCAAGAUUUUGUUAAGUCCUACGAAACUAGAAGUUUUAAGAAACCCUAUGAUACCAAAGUCACAAAUAAAUCGACUAGCGGUCAGCCAAACACCAAAAACGGGUUCUAUGUACCAAUUUGCUUCAUGUGAAGAAUCCGGUUUAGUUCAAGUCCAUUUUUUGAGAAAAGACCAAUAUCAGUUUAUUUUAUCUUCUCAAGGGUUUCAAGAAGAAAAGUGUUGUAGAGCUGGAAGUGACGUUUUAUUUGGGCCAGAUAAUUUACUCAUUGUUGGAUACAAUGGUUUGUCAGGUGACAAACAAGGUGUUGUCAAGGCAUGGGACAUUAAUACGAGAAAAAAAGAAUGUUCUUUGAAAUGUUAUUUUUCAAGUGGUAUUAGUUGUUUGGAUAUGUCCCAUUAUGGUAAAUGGGUCGCAUGUGGAACCACUGGUAUUGAUAAUGAAGAAGGUGAUGGGCGCAUGUGGAUCUGGAAUUUGCAGUGCGGCUCAAAGGUUCAUUGUACAACCCAAGAAAAGGAUGCAAAUGUGAUAUCAAUAUCGCAUGAUGAUAAAUACAUAGCACUUGGUGGAAUAUCCAAUACUGUCUAUGUAUUCGAUCCAAGAAAAAUGAAUAUGUUAUUAUAUGCAUUUAAGCAUGAUGAUCCAAAUGAUGGUCUUCCUCAUGAUGGAAUAAUGUCAUUACAUUGGAUUCCGGGUAGUAGCUUGCUUAUGAGCGGGGGUAAUGAUAAUUGUGUAAGAAUUUGGGACGUAAAUAAAUGCGGAAAACAAAAUCCUUUAGUUUACCGGUUUGCAGAUCACGAUAGUCCUGUUACUUCUGUUAGAUUAUUACCAGAUCUUAGCCUUAUGACUGUUGGAGUUUCUACUGGAAAAAUUUAUGUGUAUUCUUCAAAUGAAAGUUUUAUUCAAGCUGGUAAUAGACUUAAAUAUUUGUAA